AACACUUGACACUUUGCAUCCAUCGGCAUCAAGUAAGCUAGCUAGCUGUAGCGACUAGGGAACGUGUGUGUGAGUGUACGCAUAUGGCGGCGACGACGCGCAGCACCUGUGCCCUGGCGCUGGCCCUGGCGGUGGUUGCCAUGGCCGCCACCACCACCAUGGCCCAGAACUCGCCGGAGGACUACGUCGCCGCCCACACCGCCGCGCGCGCGGAGGUGGGCUUAGGGCAGGUGUGGUGGGACCAGAACCUGGCGGAUUACGCGGAGUGGUGGGCGAACCAGCGGCGCGGCGUCUGCGGGGGACACUCUGGUGUGGUCGGCUACGGCGAGAACAUCUUCUGGGGUUCCGCCGGCUGGCCGUGGACGGGGGUCGACGCCGUGAACACAUGGGUGGACGAGAAGCAGUACUACGACUACAACAGCAACAGCUGCUGGGGCCCGUACGGGUGCGGCCACUACACGCAGGUGGUGUGGCGCGAAUCCACGCUCAUCGGCUGCGCCCGCGUAGACUGCGACAACAACCUCGGCGUCUUCAUCACCUGCAACUACUACCCGCAGGGGAACUGGAACAACCGCCGCCCGUAUCUGGCUGCAAGCUCUGCUGCUUAAUUAAGUAUGCACUACUACUGCUGCAUGCGAUGGAUAUGAUCCAGCCAUCGUGCUACGUACUCCCUCGGCGCGCUACUCCUCGAGAGGUUCCAUAUCAAGUCCAUUUCUACGUCUGGUGGAGUGUUUAUGUAUAGCAAUGGGUGCUGCAUGUCUGCACUCCGCUGCACGUUGUCUGUAAUACUACGUUUUUCCAUAUUGUGCGUUUGCAAUAAAGUGCUCUGGAUCUUUGGUCUGUA